AUGCCGGUGUCGCUGGCGCUGAUUGGCCGAGUGGAACGCGGCGGCGGCGCCCAUUGGUCGGCGCGUGGAGGAUUUUUCUUCUGCAUCCUGCGAAACCGAGACUCCACGGGAGAUCGUUCCUGCUCCGCAACCUCCAUCGUGCUUGAUGUAAAGCUGCCGGCAAAACACUGCGUGGACGAGGCGGAGUUACGCAAACCGGAUCAAACUGCGAGGAGGCUGCUCUGCGAGAGGUUCCGUGGCGAGAUCCCAAGGCGUCUCUCUGGAUCCGGCCGAGCGCACUCGCGGGGUGAUAAUAGCGGCACGCUGUGGAGGUUAAGGUGGCUGUCGCGGCGGCGGCUGAAGAAGUGGCGAGGUGGGUGAAAAUCGGCGCCGGGAGCGGUCGAUCCGGGCAGCGGUAGUGGUGGCGGAACGGCAGGGGUACUAUGGGAGCGGGGGUAUGGGGGGCGGAGGAGGGCUACAAGCCACGGACCUCCGGCGAAGGCUCGAGUCCCG